AUGAGAAAUCCAGUUCCAGGUUAUCUUCAAAGAUUUUAUGAUAGUAUUUCUCACAAGGAUAGCAUUUCUUUAGGUUUUCAAUUAUGGGUGGCAAAUGGGGCAUUUGUGAACAAGCCCGUAGAAAAUACUGACCUUGGGUUGGCACAGUUUGAAGCGCAUUGGAGACCAGUUAUCAUUGGUUACUUAAAUGUGGUGAAGAAUAUUCAGAACAACAAAAUAAUCGAAGCUUUUGAAUGCAGCAACACAUUGUUGAAGGCCAUGAACCGCAUUGCUGAAAAGGAAGAUGAUUGGGUUUUGACUGCAUUGAAAACAGUGGUGAGAGAUUUGAAGUUAUUGGCCAUUGAUGCUGACAACGAAGUUAAGAACAAUCUAUCGAUACCCGAACCAACAGAAAAAUAUAUUCAAGUUGCUGCAAGAACUAUCAAUAGAUCUUUCACAAUAUGCCUCAACGACAAAGAGGAGAAUAAAGCUCGCAACAAAAAGAAGGCUGUUUACUUUUUCAUUGCCCAGAUGUAUCUGAUCUACUUCAGUUUAAGUAAUUAUGAUUUAGCAGGGUCUGUUCAGAAAGCUUGUCAACAGAAAAUGAAUGAAUUACCUUCUUUGAAAGAGAUCCCAAAAGGCAACGCUAUUUCCUACUUGUAUUAUAAUAGUUGUUUAUGCGCAAACGAUGGUGCAUUCGAGAAAGCCUAUGACAACCUUAAUCAAGCUUUGCAAUUAAUUGGAGGGGCAGCAAUUUCAAUAAAAUACAAGAAUCAGCAACAGAGUAUUCUUUUAAUGUUGGUUCCGAUAACCUUCUUAAUUACAAGGCGCUUACCGAGCCAAUACAUGCUUGAUAAUUUCCCAAAAGUCAAAGCAAUGUAUGGUGAUAUCUUCAAGUAUGCCAAAGAAGGUAAUUUGAAGAAUUUCAAUGUUCAUGUGAAAAAAAUUGAAAUUUUCUUGCUAAGAAAGAACUUGUACUUAGUUUUUCAACAAAUUAAGACCUUGGUGAUUUGUCGAUUGUUCAAAAAGACUUAUUUGAAUAUCAAAACUUUGCCAAAAAUAUUCCCAAUAUAUUACCAAUUGCCAUUGAGUGCUUUUGCCAAAGCUUUGGACUUCGCCAACAAUUACACUCCUGACUCACAAAAAAUGGAAACUCGACGUAAUAGUGGCAAGGUCAAUUUUGAUCUUGAUGCUGCUGAGUGCUUUGUGGCCAAUAUGAUUUUCUCUGGAUGGAUCAAGGGUUAUAUUUCUCACAGCAAAUCUGUGGUUGUUGUGAGUAAAUCUCAACCAUUUCCGAAGUUGGUAAAGUUGGUUUAG